AUGGAAGCAGCUGAAAAAGAUGCACAGGUUUCCAGCCUGAGUUGCAGGGCGAAAAAGAAAUUGCCGGUGGUGGUUAGUGUGGCAGAUGUGAAUGAGCCUCCAGUGAUUGAUGCUGUAGCGUACUCACGUGUAAUCUCCAAUGAGAUGCCACCUGGAUAUCCUGUUGUGAAAGUCGAGGCCACAGAUCCUGAUGUGGGGGAGACACUGAGGUACUCUCUGGUGGAGCCCAGGUCCAUGUUUGCUGUGGAGCCCUCUAGUGGUCAGGUGUAUGUAGUGUCAGUAGCUGGUCAGAGUGGGAUUGUGAGCCUGCAGGUGAAGGUAGAAGACCAGCAUGGACUCUACGACACAACAAGAGUAGAAGUGACUAUCGAAGAUGUCAGCAACUCUGUGACUAUCUCAUUGAACCAGCCACAUGAUGUGGUGAUGGACAAAGUUAUGGAGAUGAAAGAGGCACUCCAGAAAGCACUCGGAUUGGAUGUGGAGAUCAUUAGUGUGACUGAAGGCAGUGAUGGAGAGACACUUGUCGUGCUAAUCGCCAAGGAAACCAGUGGAAACAUACUUCCAGCUGAGGACCUCAAAAAUGCAUUUAUUAAUGAAAAGGAGAAAGUUCAGACAGAGCUUGCAGUGGUCUUUGGGCCUGACGUGGACUUUGAAAUUUUUGAAAAGGAUUCUGACACAACCAUGACUAUUAUCCUUGCAACAGUGAUACCUGUGAUUGGCAUCGCUACAAUAGUAGCAGCAGUUUUGACAAUAAGAAGACAGAGGGGACGUAAAGCUGAACGAAGGAACAGUGAAAAUUCACUUGACAUCAGGGGGAAUUUUUAGUCCGUCUCAUCAUUAGGCUGUGGACUCCCAUACUUUGAUGCAUGUUCACGGUACAUUUCAGAUGGUCAGG